AGACCUUCUCGUGGUCCGGGGGGUAAGUAGUCCCCAUGGGGACGAAACCAACAUGCACUGAAAGGACCCGGACGCAACACCAGCUCCGAAGUCCCGGACCCACCAAAGUCCAUCCGUAGACAUAUUCUACAAUCCACCCCAAACAGGGGUCGGAAACUAGGGAACACCACCCUAUUGAGGUCACCAUGCCUCAGGCCUACAAUGCCUCCAAAACCGAAACCACGCGCUCCCCGUUUCUCUCAGCACAACCGCCACACAACGAGCAGCCACCUUAACACGACGAGUAAAGAGCGCCUAAAACGGUUUCCAGCCACCGACCCAAACGAUAUAGUCACAUGCCACAGCACCCGCAGAUGUCCGAACCCAAAAUUCCCGUGACACCGAGACACCACAUGUUUGGCAGAAUAGACGCCAGACACUAUAAAAGGAAACGAAACGCCAUAAUUGGAACCUGGACCAGGGCCCCAUCCUCCCCUCAGAAGCUCCCAACCCUCUGAGCGAACAAAAUAGUUACUAUCUAUGCUGUCAUAAACAUGCCUUCCCUACAAGAGAGGCGCUUGAUGAGACGUAACUCUGGAUGGACAGACACGCCCCAUCCCCAACAUAAUCCCCAUAACCCAAUAUGCCCUGCAAUAACGCUCAGCCAAAGAAGAAAAGGGGACGAAACUCGAG